AUGUCCGAGGCGGGCCAGGAGCUUGUCCACCUGGUGUGGGGCAAGAAGGCCGGGCCCCGCGGGCUGGGCGACACCAUCUUCUGCCGUUGGGCGCAAGGAUUUGUCUUCAGUGAAUCUGAAUCCACUGCAUUGGAACAAUUCGAGGGUGGCCCUUGUGCAGUGAUUGCCCCUGUGCAGGCAUUCCUUUUGAAGAGGCUUUUUACCAGCGAAAAGUCAUCUUGGAGAGACUGUCCAGAAGAGGAGCAGAAGGACCUCCUGUGUCACACAUUGUGUGACAUUUUGGAAAUGGCCUGCUCUGAUAACUCUGAGUCGUACUCUCUGGCCACGUGGAUAAGAGGCAAAGCAAGAGAAGAAACUGCUGGCCUGGCUGCCAGCCCUGCGGAGUCCAGUCGGCAGGAGGAGCAGCACUCUGCCUUGGCUGUGGAAGAGCUUGGCUUUGAGCGGUAUCAUGCAUUAAUUCACAAACGAGCAUUCAAAAGCUUCCCUGAACUGAAGGCUGCUGUUUGUGAUCAGUAUUCAGUGUGGACAAACAGAUUUGGAGUAUUGCUGUUUCUGUAUUCUGUAAUACUGACAAAGGGUAUCGAAAACAUUAAAAAUGAAAUUGAAGAUGCAACUGAGCCAUUGAUAGAUCCUGUUUAUGGUCAUGGAAGCCAAAGCUUGAUUAACCUCCUGUUGACGGGCCAUGCUGUUUCUAAUGUGUGGGAUGGAGACAGAGAAUGUUCAGGAAUGAAGCUCCUUGGCAUACACAAACAGCCAACAGUGGGCUUCUUGACACUGAUGGAAUCUCUGAGAUACUGUAAGGUUGGCUCCUAUUUGAAAUCUCCAAAAUUUCCCAUUUGGAUCCUUGGCAGUGAAACACACCUCACAGUCUUUUUUGCCAAGGACAUGGCUCUUGUUGCUCCCGAAGCGCCUUCAGAACAAGCCAGGAGGGUCUUCCAGACAUAUGACCCUGAGGAUAAUGGUUUUAUACCUGACACUCUGCUAGAAGAUGUAAUGAAGGCUCUGGACCUCGUUUCAGAUCCUGAAUAUGUAAACCUCAUGAAGACCAAAUUAGACCCAGAAGGCCUGGGCAUCAUAUUGCUGGGUCCCUUUCUGCAGGAAUUUUUCCCUGAGCAGGACUCCAGGGUUUCAGAGUCAUUCACUGUUUACCAUUACAAUGGACUGAAACAGUCAAACUAUAAUGAAAAGGUGAUGUAUGUGGAGGGCACAGCAGUGGUGCUGGGCUUUGAGGAGCCCAUGCUGCAGACGGACGACACGCCGGUGAAGCGCUGCCUGCAGACCAAGUGGCCACACAUAGAGCUGCUCUGGAGCACCGACCGCUCCCCGUCCCUCAACUGA